AUGACCUUAGAAGACCGACCGUCAUCACCUGCGUCUCCUUUAACAUCUACUGGUGCUGAACCAAAGUACUCUGCAACAGCUACGACCUCUCGCUCAGCUGCGGCUGCCGCUGCUGCUGCUGCCGCUGCUGCCACUUCUGCUGCUUCUGCUGCUUCUGCUGCUUCUGCUGCUGCUGCCACUUCUGUUUCUACCUCUUCGACUACCCCAGUUGGCGCUCCCUCUUCUACAUCGUCUACGCUCCUGUCGUCCUCCGGAAUUGGGUCUUCGUUGUCUUCCCGGCUUACCGACGACGCGCGGGAUGAUGUACCUGACCUGCGUAAGGAAUUGUUUUCAGCCGCUAUAGACUCACGACCCACUUCGCCCACUGAGUCAUGUUCAUCGCACCAGCUACCACUUCAUGAGCAUGAUCCUACUUACAUGCAUCGGCCGCUGUCGCUGCUUGCGCGCGUGAUCCAAAUGUCUAAGGUGUCUAUGACGAUUCUGCUUAUUGUGACGAGCUCUGUUAGUAUUACAACGACGCAGCUGAUUGGCUACCCAUUGUGGUAUGUAUCUCGAGACUGGUAUCGAGCGUGGAUGGACUGGACUAAGCAGCUUUUUGGGAUUCUGCUGACAUCUAUCACGCAAUUCAAUACGCCAUUGACCAUGUACAUGACAGGCAACCGCACAGUUGAGGGUAUAUUUACGCGCAACCCCAAGUCAGGGCACCUUGAAACACACAUUGGUGACCGCGCAAUUGUAAUUUCAAACCACCAGCUCUAUACAGACUGGGUUUAUCUGUGGUGGUUUUCUAUGACUGCGCAUGCUCAUGGAUCCAUCUAUAUCAUGCUGAAAAAAUCGCUAGCAAAAAUUCCUUUGUGGGGAUGGGGAAUGAAGAACUACCGGUUUUUCUUUCUUUCACGUUCUUGGGCUCAGGACGAAAAGAUUUUGACGGAAGGGCUCUCACGCAUCAAUGUAGAAACACAACACCCGGCGUGGAUCUUGUUGUUCCCUGAAGGAACCACAAUCAGCGCUAAUGGCGUGAACAAGACAAUCGAGUACGCAAACAAGUUUUCACCCCCAUUGGCUGUUCCAAAACAUGUAUUGAUUCCUCGUGCGCGUGGGCUCCGGUUCUCGAUAUCUCAGCUGCAUUCGACAGUUGACACAGUAUACGAUGCAACCAUUUACUACGAGGGCAUCCCUACAGGCCAGUUUGGCGAGGAUUUUUACUCGAUGAAGAGCAUGUAUAUGAAGCAAUGCUACCCCCGACGCAUCCACAUGUACUGGCGCGCAUACAAAGUCGCAGACAUUCCAUGGCAGGACGAAGCCCAGUUUGAGGAGUGGCUGCAGGCGAGAUGGCAGGAAAAGGACCUGCUGUUGGACAAGUUCCGCAGAACAGGAAAGUUUGGAGCGGUCCCUUCAGUGUCUCCAGCUCAUGUGGCUCGCGUACCAGCCACGUACUUGGAUUCAGGGGUGCAAAUUGAACAAGAGAGAAUGGUUGAGCAGGGGCCUUCGGAGGUGAUCCAGACGGUCACGGCACCAGUCGAGCUUAACAGUGUAACGGAGGUGGCCCAGAUCUUUAUUGUGCCUGUGACAGUUGCACUUCUUGCGCGUUUGGGGUACAAGGCAGCCUCAGCUAUCUGGGGUGCUUAG